AUGACGGCUACCUGCUCCCGGCUGGCCCGGCUUCCUCGGCGCCGCCGGCGUCGGCUUGUGCGGUUCCCGCCGCCGCCGCCGCCACUACUGUUGCUGCUGCUGCUGCUGCUGGCGGCUGUAGGGCCGGCACACGGCUGGGAGAGUGGAGACCUGGAGUUAUUUGACUUGGUGGAGGAGGUGCAGCUCAACUUCUACCAAUUCCUCGGAGUGGAGCAGGGUGCUUCAUCUGCAGACAUUAGAAAAGCAUAUCGUAAGCUUUCACUGACUUUGCAUCCAGACAAGAAUAAAGAUGAAAAUGCAGAAACUCAGUUUAGACAAUUGGUGGCCAUUUAUGAAGUUUUGAAGGAUGAUGAACGAAGGCAGAGGUAUGAUGAUAUUCUGAUCAAUGGACUUCCAGAUUGGCGACAGCCUGUAUUCUACUACAGGCGGGUGAGAAAAAUGAGCAAUGCUGAGCUGGCAUUACUUUUGUUCAUUAUUCUCACAGUGGGUCAUUACGCUGUGGUUUGGUCAAUCUACCUGGAAAAACAACUGGAUGAACUGCUUAGUAGAAAAAAGAGAGAAAAGAAAAAAAAGACAGGCAGCAAGAGUGUGGACGUGUCAAAACUUGGUGCCUCCGAAAAAAAUGAAAGAUUAGUGAUGAAACCACAGUGGCAUGAUUUGCUUCCAUGCAAGCUGGGAAUUUGGUUUUGCCUUACACUAAAAGCAUUGCCUCAUCUCAUCCAGGAUGCUGGGGAGUUUUAUGCUAAAUAUAAAGAAACAAGAUUGAAGAAAAAGGAAGAUGCAUUGAGUCGGGCUGAACUUGAAACACUUCAAAAACAGAAGAAAGUUAAAGUAAAAAAACCAAAACCUGAAUUUCCUGUAUAUACGCCUUUAGAAAGUGCAUAUAUUCAAUCUUAUGAUCAUGGAACUUCUAUAGAAGAAAUUGAGGAACAAAUGGACGAUUGGCUGGAAAACAGAAACAAAACACAGAAAAAACAGGCACCUGAAUGGACAGAAGAGGACCUCAGCCAGCUGACAAGAAGUAUGGUUAAGUUCCCAGGAGGGACCCCAGGUCGAUGGGAAAAGAUUGCCCACGAAUUGGGUCGAUCGGUGACAGAUGUGACAACCAAAGCCAAGCAACUGAAGGAUUCAGUUACCUGCUCCCCAGGAAUGGUCAGACUCUCCGAACUCAAGUCAACAGCCCAGAAUCCCCGGCCCACCAAGGCCGCCACGGCCUUGCCAGAUGACAUCAUCACCCAGCGAGAAGAUGCACGGCAGGCCGGGGAGGAAGACAAGGAGGACGAGCAGGAGGAGGAAGAUGACGAGGAGCAGGAGGCAGUGCUUCCGGAAAGCCGGCCACGGAGGCGGAGGCCGGCCAGGCCGCCGGAGGCGGCAAAGAGGGCGGAGCCCGAGGAGAAGUUCAGAGGAAAGAGGCAGAAGGACUUCGAUAUUUCAGAACAAAACGAAUCCAGUGAUGAGGAGAGCCAGAAGAAAGAGAGAACUCGUGCUGCCGAGGAGCCAUGGACUCAGAGUCAACAGAAGCUUCUGGAAUUAGCAUUACAGCAGUACCCAAAGGGAUCUUCGGACCGCUGGGACAAAAUAGCCAAAUGUGUCCCGUCUAAGAGUAAGGAAGACUGUAUCGCUAGAUACAAGUUGCUGGUUGAACUGGUCCAAAAGAAAAAACAAGCUAAAAGCUGAAUAUUCUGGAAGAUGAUGUUCACCUUCAUUUUCCAAAACGAUUAUUUUAAAAGUCUUAUGCAGAAAUUUGCAUUUUGUACCUCAACCUUUCUAUACGUCAUGUGCCUUAGUAAAAAAAAAAAAAAAAAAAAAAAAAAUUAAAAAAG